AUGGAAAUCGAAACAUGUAUACGGGAAAAUAUUUCAUGGCAAAAACUACCUGAAGAUGUGCGAAUUAUCCUCGGAAACUCUUCAAAGGAGUAUGAAAAACGCGUUUUCGAUUAUUCGAUUAGGAAUCAAUUGCGAUAUAAAGGGAAUUUAGGUGAGUUAUUUUUCUAAAUUUAUGUCCGAAUCUUAUAGAAAUGAGAGGUUUUCAGUUCGACAUAUAAAGAAAAGCGAAGAACUAUAUUAUGAGCAAUUAAUGCGAUUUUCCGAAUCACAUUUAAUGCUUUUCCCCUAUCAUUUAUCGGAUAUAAUAGUCACCGAACUCAGGAUAUCACCAUUUAGUUAUUACGUAAAUAUUCUCUCCGAAAUGCUAAACACUGAAAAAUCCUACGAUUCUUUGCCCAAUUUCACAGCAGCAGAUGCUAUGCGAUUAUUAGGAAUUGGGAGAAAUCAAUAUAUAGAUCUGAUGAAUCAAACAAGAUCAAAUCGAAAGUUUUUGAGGAGAAAUAAAACUGCGAAAGAAUUGUUGCCACAAGUUCCAGCAAAGGUUAGUUGAGCUUUGAGUGAGUGUCAUUAUAAAUAACCCAUAUUUCUAUUUAGCUAACAAUUGAACCGUGGUGGUUAACAUGUGUUGGAUCAGUUCUAGAAUCUGAUAUUCGACAACUUCCAGAAGAAGAAAAACAAACAAUCGAUAAUCUUUUGGAUAGUGGUCCUUAUUCUUCUGGACUUCUCAAAUAUUCAACAGUUAUUUCAUUGUUCAAUCGAGGAUUGAUUUAUUUCGAUGUCCCGGUUAAUGAAAAUGAUUAUGUUUAUGUUGCUCCGCUAGAUGGUUUUGUGAUGAAUCGAGUUUUGGGCGAUUAUUUUGAAACUCUUUUAUAUAAAAUUUUCGUUGCGAUUGAUGAUCAAACAACUGUUUUAGAGGUUAGUACUUAAAUUGGUUAUAUAAAAUAGUUUUGAAAACUUUCCAGAUGUCACAAAUUCUACACAUUGAUCUACAACUCGUCAAAAAUGCGAUAAGCCUUUUCUGUCGAUUAGGAUUUGCUAAGAAACGAGUGACUGGAGUGGAAAAUCUGUCGAUUCAUACAUCAUGGAUGCCAACUAUUUCAUCUCCAACUUCUCCAGUUUCACCAAAUCCGUUGGUUUUUUUAAAAUAAUAUAUUUUGCAAAAAACUUUUAUUUUUUAUAGAAACAUGAGUAUGUCAAUGAGUGCAAGUACAACAGAAGAUAUGAACGAACUUACUCGAACUCUUAUGAUCAAUGACGAUGAUGAUGUUGAAGAAGUUCUUUCUCCAGUUUCGGAUCGGAAUUCAACAUCUUCUCCGAAUCCAUCGCUCAAUAAUUCAACUGAUGUGAGUUUUUUGAGACGUGAACUGAACUGUUCAUUUCAAAUAAUUUUUCAGAGUUCCCAAAACACGUCAGAUGUUGGAACUGUUAAUCGAGUUGCGUUCAUUUUUGAUUCAACGCUGACCGCUUUUUUGAUGAUGGGAAAUUUGUCAGCGUCUUUGAAGGUAACAUUCCUUUUGAAAAUGUGUUUAUUUGGGUUAAAAAUAUAUAUCUCCAGGAUAAGAGAUUUUGAAAAGUGUGGGAUUUUUUGAAGUGAAUUUUUGUGGGAAAAACAGAUUAGUGAAUUGAAAAUUAGAUUUUCUAGGCGCAUCUAAUAUGCUUUCUAUGCACUGAUCCUUGAAAUUUUCCCUAAAAAUCAUAUAAAAAACAUUUUAUAAAAAUUCUUGAAUUAAACUUUUCCCCAAGAUCAUUUCGAAUAAUUUCUUCAACCAACAUUUUCUAGGGCCACGCUGUGACAUUAUUCGAAGUCGGAAAAUUGGCCGAUGAACAAAUGCGUGAUUUUCUUGAAAAUCUCGAAAGUGUCAAUCAAUUUGCGGAAGGAGAUGCACAGCGAUAUUCAAUGCAUGCAACAUCACUUCUCGAUUCAAUAAAAAGUCUUCGACAAGGAAGAGAAGCUGAUCUUGUAAGAGGAGAAAGUCUUUUAACACUUGAUCAAAAUAGUCGACAAAGAGUAUUAGCGAAAAGUUAUGGGAUAUUAGUUGCAAUGGCUCCAUUAUCACUUGAAGCAUGUGCUGUUCCGAUUUCUUCGAUUCCAUUUAUCGGACCACCAAAUGCUGAAACUUGUUCGCCUUGGUUUAGAUUAGCUAUUUAUUCAGCUUGUUCAAAUGGACCUUCGAGUAUUUAUUUGCCACAUGGAACGAGACUUAGCUCAAUUCCAACUAUUUUACAAAAUAGUAACUCGAAUCGAUUUCUUGUCACAAGUCCAAAACAUGAUUCACAAGUUGUUUGUGCACAAAAUGCUCUUUUUGCACUCAAUGAUUUGCUAUUAAGCUCUCCGGUUUUCGUUCAAUCUUAUCCUGAUUCCAAUGUUGAACCGGAGUUAGUUUAUAUCCCAUUUCCAUUCGAAGAUGAAGGAGAAGAAGAUUCAUUUUCAAAUCAUCCAGCAAUUCAAAAAUUGUUGAAAUUAAUUGGAUUACAAAGUUUAGCUGGAUAUAUUGUUCUUCUCAAUAACAAGAAGAUUUCUUGGGAAAAAGAGAAUUCUGAAGGGAAAUGCAAAGAGAUUAGUGGAAGAGCAAGAAAUGAAGAUGAGGCAAAUGAUGCGAAUGAAAUUAUGAUGAAAUUGCCCGAAGGAUCGAAGUUUGAUGAUUAUUUAUUGUUGGAAUGUGUUUUUGGAGUUCCCUUGUUCAAUUCGGAACUCAAUAAGAUUAUAUGUGAAAGGAUUCGAACACACGAAUUGAUGGACACGAAAAAGUUAGUUGUUUUUUGGGGGGAUUUUGUCAGGGAUCUUUGAAAAAUCUCAACAAGAAACUAUUGUCGGUCAAAAAACCAAAAAAAAAAAGAGAAAAAAUCAACAAAAAACCAAAUUGUCUGAUACGUGCGAUUAAAAAAUUUCACUAUUUUUUUUAAUGAACGUAUCUAUGAAUUUGAGAUUAAAGUUUAGUUGUAAAAUUGUCACGUUUUUAAUUUGGGGCGAAAAUAAUAAUAUUUUUCAAAAUUAAUUUUCAGGGGAAAAAAUUUCACUGUUUCAAAGUUUUCAUGAAGUUUUGUAAGGGUUUUUUGAUCCAGUUCGAUCGUCUCAUAAGUACGGAAUAAAAAAAAAAGUUCGCUCAUGGAAAUUCCAAAUUUUGCACGAAAAAAUGAUUUUUCAAAGUCAACUUUUUAAAAAAUUUCAUAAUUAAAAAUUCAAAAAAUUAAAUAAAUUAUCUUGCAGUCGUCUAAAUAUUCAACUCGCAAAUAAACAAGUUGUCCAAAUAACUGAAGAUCUAAUGAAAGUAGCAAAUAAUGGAAUCAUCAAAACUAGUCAAAUAUUCGCCGAAAAUGAACAACAUCGAAAAGUCGAAGUGAUUUCGCCAAUUCGACAAGUCAUUUUUGACUCGAAAAAUAAUUCUAUUCAAUUUUCAAAUUUCUAA